AUUGAUUACAAGGGUCUCAACCGGGUCACUGUGAAGAACAAGUACCCUCUUCCGAGGAUCGAUGAGUUGUUGGAUCAGUUGAAGGGUGCUACUUGGUUCUCCAAGAUAGAUCUGGCGUCAGGUUAUCAUCAGAUCCCGAUAGAUGAGGCAGAUGUGAGGAAGACUGCUUUCAGGACGAGGUGUGGGCAUUAUGAGUUUGUGGUGAUGCCAUUUGGCUUGACUAACGCGCCAGCAGCGUUUAUGAAAUUGAUGAACAGCGUGUUUCAGGAGUUUCUAGACGUGUCUGUCAUGAUUUUCCUCGACGACAUCCUGGUUUAUUCUAAGAGUCAUGAAGAGCAUGCAAUGCAUUUGAGGGCAGUUCUGGAGAAGCUGCGGGAGCAGAAGUUGUUUGCUAAGCUGAGCAUCCGGAGAAGAUUCAGGCUAUCAGGGAUUGGUCAAGACCGCAUAAUGCCACGUAGAUCAAGAGUUUUCUGGGGUUGGCAGGUUACUACAGGAGCAUGGGAAGGUGACUGCCUAUGGUUCGCGGCAGUUGCGGAAGCAUGA